ACCAUUUCCCAUAUUAAUUUCCUCACACACCACACUUUCCUUCAACCCCCAAACAUGGCGCAAUGGAAAAUGAAACUUUCCCUUUUUCUCUCCUUUCUUCUUCAUCUCGUUUUUCUUUCUCCUUCAUUCGCAAAGGUUCCAAUACCUUCGAGAUUUGCAUCGAAGCAAGGGGAAAAGUUGAUUCGAGAACUCAAUUUAUUCCCUAAAGAAUCUGAUAACAUCGUCGAUCGAGAUCCAUUUCCUACGGAAGGUUCUAGAAUCGUCGAGAAGCGAUUCUCAUUUCCUAAUUUGGCGAAUUCGAGUGUUUCUUUUGAAGAUUUGGGACAUCAUGCUGGUUAUUAUAAGAUUAAGCAUUCUCAUGCUGCUAGGUUGUUCUAUUUCUUCUUUGAAUCACGCGGUAGUAAGGACGACCCUGUUGUCAUCUGGUUGAGUGGAGGGCCUGGUUGCAGUAGUGAGCUGGCCCUUUUCUAUGAAAAUGGGCCUUUUACUGUUUCAAAAAAUUUGUCACUUGUGCCGAAUGAAUAUGGGUGGGACAAGGUAUCAAACCUUAUCUAUGUAGACCAACCUACAGGUACUGGCUUCAGUUACAGUUCUGACAGACGUGACCUCUGUCACACUGAAGCAUGCGUUGGCGACGACUUGUAUGACUUUAUUCAGGCUUUCUUUGAGGAGCAUCCAGAGCUUGUAAAGAACGACUUCUACAUAACCGGAGAAUCAUAUGCCGGGCACUAUGUUCCUGCUUUUGCUGCUAGAGUACACAAAGGAAAUAAGGGUAAAGAAGGAAUACAUAUAAACUUAAAGGGAUUUGCCAUCGGCAACGGGCUUACAGAUCCCAAAAUACAAUACCCUGCAUACACUGACUAUGCAUUGGACAUGGGAUUAAUUUCGAAGUCUGAUCAUGAUCGUAUCAACAAACUACUUCCAGUUUGUGAUAUCGCGAUAAACCUUUGCGGCACUGAUGGGAAAAUCUCUUGCUUGGCGGCUUAUUUUGUUUGCAAUUCUAUAUUCACUGCUGUCCGCGCACGUGCUGGGGUGGACAUCAAUCACUACGACAUCAGAAAGAAGUGUGUGGGACAACUCUGCUAUGACUUCUCAGACAUGGAGAAAAUGCUGAAUCUGCGCUCUGUUAAGCAGGCUCUUGGCGUUGAGGAUAUAGAGUUUGUCUCGUGUAGUACUACUGUGUACCAGGCCAUGCUUGUUGACUGGAUGAGGAACCUUGAAGUAGGAAUUCCAACCUUGCUUGAGGAUGGAAUAAAGUUGCUUGUGUAUGCUGGUGAAUAUGAUCUUAUUUGCAACUGGCUAGGUAACUCAAGAUGGGUUCAGGCCAUGGAAUGGAAUGGUCAGAAAGAGUUUGUAGCAUCUCCCGUUGUCCCUUUUGAAGUUAAUGGUUCUGAAGCAGGAUUGUUGAGAAGCCAUGGGCCUCUGAGUUUCCUGAAGGUUCAUGAUGCCGGGCACAUGGUUCCAAUGGAUCAGCCUAAAGCUGCCUUAGAGAUGCUGAAGAGGUGGACUGGAGGCACCCUUUCUCAGCAGACGACUGAGACUGAAAACAUGGUCGCUUCAAUAUGAUUUCUGAUUACGCUUUUCAUGGUUUUCAGAUAUCUGUAAAUAUUACUCUAUCCUGAUGGUAGGUGGCCUCUUUGGCUAAGGAUUGGUGGCCUUUGUCCAAACUUUCUUUACCACUGUAUGUUUGACCAAAGCAAAGGCCUUCCUAAACUGUAUCACUAUAAAACUUUCUGAAUCGCAUUGAGGCAUGAUAAAGAUUUGAAGACAAAAAGGCAUUUAGAAAAAUAUGCAUA